AUGCUCAACCGCUGCGGCCGUCGCCUGCUGCUGGCGCUGGCGGGUGCACUACUCGCGUGUCUGCUGGUGCUCACCGCUGAUCCGCCGCCGCCCCCGCCGCCCUCCGAGCGCGGCCGCCGCGCGCUGCGCAGCCUGGCUGGCCCCGGGGGGGCGGCUCCCGUGGUCGGGCUAGAUACGGCCCCAGCGCGGGAGGUGCGCAGCCUGUCCGAAUAUUUCGGCCGACUGGCGCGCGCGCGCACAGACACGGGCCCGUUGCCCGGAGGUGCCUCCCGCCCCGCCGACGCCGUCCCGCGGGCCCCAACGGAGUCGCUAGCUCCCCGAGACGUCUUCAUCGCGGUCAAGACCACCAAAAAGUUCCACCGCGCGCGCCUAGAUCUCCUGCUUGAGACGUGGAUCUCGCGCCACAAGGAGAUGACGUUCAUCUUCACUGACGGGGAGGACGAGGUGCUGGUCAGACACACGGGCAAUGUGAUCAACACCAACUGCUCCUCAGCCCACAGCCGCCAGGCGCUGUCCUGCAAGAUGGCCGUGGAGUAUGACCGCUUCAUCGAGUCAGGGAGGAAGUGGUUCUGCCACGUGGAUGAUGACAACUAUGUGAACGUGCAGGCCCUGCUGCGGUUACUAGCCAGCUACCCCCACACGCAGGACGUCUACCUGGGCAAGCCCAGCCUGGAUCGGCCCAUCCAGGCCACGGAGCGGGUGGGCGAGGGCGAGGUGCGUCCCGUCCACUUCUGGUUUGCCACUGGGGGGGCCGGUUUCUGCAUCAGCCGUGGACUGGCCCUGAAGAUGAGCCCGUGGGCCAGUGGGGGCCACUUCCUGAGCACAGCUGAGCGUAUCCGUCUGCCGGACGACUGCACAAUUGGCUACAUCGUGGAGGCCUUGCUGGGUGUGCCCCUCACCCGAAGUGGCCUCUUCCACUCCCACCUGGAGAACCUGCAGCAGGUGCCGGCCUCCGAGCUCCAUGAGCAGGUGACAUUGAGCUACGGCAUGUUUGAAAACAAGCGGAAUGCCAUCCACUUGAAAGGGGCUUUCUCAGUGGAUGCAGACCCAUCUAGGUAUGGAAACUGA